AUGAUAAUUGUGCACGAGUAUCCUCUUUCAAUGGUAGAGCACCAUGGUUUUAGGAAAUUUGUUAGCGGCCUUCAACCUUUGUUUAAGGUUCCAUCUCGAAAUACCGUCAAGACCGACAUCUUAAAGAUUUACGAGUUUGAAAGGCAAAGAACUAUGAAGUUAUUGGGGAGGAACACAAGUAGGGUAGCAAUUACUAUUGAUAUGUGGACAGCCAACCAUCAAAGAAAAGGAUUUAUGGCGGUCACUGCACACUUCAUAGAUGACCAAUGGAACUUGCAAAGUCAAAUCAUGAGGUUUAUUUAUGUGCCAUGUCCACAUACAACUGAUGUUCUUGCUGAGAUGCUCUAUGGUUAUUUAUGUGAUUGGAAUCUAGAUAGAAAGUUGUCUACUCUUACCGUUGAUAAUUGUACCACAAAUGAUUCAAUUAUCCACAAGUUAUUAGAAAAGCUUCCAUUAAGAUCACUCAUGUUGAAAGGCCAGUUGUUUCAUAUGCGUUGUUGCGCGCACAUUCUUAACUUGAUUGUUCAAGAUGGCUUAUCUAUUAUCGAGGAGGGGAUUGAAAGGAUUAGAGAUAGUGUUUCGUUUUGGGGUGCAUCACAAAAGAGGGAGCAAAGAUUUGAGGAAGCAGCUCAUCAGCUAGGAAUAGAAUACACAAAGAAGUUGAUCAUUGAUUGCAAGACUCGAUGGAACUCUACUUUUUUGAUGCUUAGUGUUGCUAUACGUUAUAAAGAUGUUUUCACGCGAUUAAAGCUAAGAGAGUCAAGGUAUACUUGUUUGCCAACAGAGCUUGAUUGGGAGUUAGCAAAUGAGAUAUGUGAAAGACUGCAAUUAUUUUAUGAGACAAAAUCCGAAAUUGAUGAGAUUAGUUUGAUGGCAUAUAAAAUGAUUUCUAAGUUUGAUAAAUAUUGGUCUGUAAUUCAUGGGAUUAUGGGGAUAGCGACGGUUUUAGAUCCACGGUACAAGUUAAAAUUUGUAGAGUUGCUUAUGCAUGUACUUUAUGGACCUGAAAAGGCAAAGGUUGAGUUUCAAACUCUUGAGGAUUUUGUUAGAACUUUAUUUGAAGAAUAUGAAUCUACCGAUCCAUGUGCAAGAAGCUAUGAAGGUGGUGUGCAUGGUUCAUCUUCCAUGAGUUCGGGAUUGUCAUCUGAGUAUCGUGGAGGAUGCAAAAAACUAUUGUCCGACAUUGCUUCAAUAGCUAGUGAGAAUGAUGACUCGGACGAAUGGAGGUAA